AUGCAAUUAUUGGAACCUAAAUCGGGAGUAAUCCAUAUCGGAAAAAUUGACAUGACAAAUAAGUCACACAUUUACGAUGCCAACAAGUCUGUCAUGACUCGCUCUAAUGAAAGCCAUGGAUUCGAGAUCGCUAGAAAAUUCAGUGCGAAAUUUACGUUUCAUAAGAGUGUAAAUCUCAAAUCAUUUGUGGGGAAACCAAAUCUCAGACUGGAUCGUUUUUGA